CUUCUUUCUUUCUCAUUUGUGUGGUGAUCUCACAAAACCCUUCUCCAUGGAUGAUGAUGACUACUACUAUUCCCAAUCGAGCGACGACGAGGACGCUGGGGACGAUGACGAUGAUGACUGCUACGAUGAUCUCUUUGAUGACCCCCUUUGCGAUGAGGAUUCCAGUACAAACUCCUACGAAUACACGGUAAUAGAAGAGAAGUCCCUUUUGACACUGCAGAUGGAAGCUUUGCAAAAAGUCAUAGAAUUCCUAUCUUUAUCCGAGAGUUCUGCACGUAUAUUGCUCAUCCACAACCGCUGGGAUGUCACAAAGAUCUUAGAAUUAUUUGACAGGAAAGGGAAAGAACAAUUAUUUUUAGAGGCAGGGUUGGUCCUUGACGAUAAUAAUUAUAACAAUAAUAAUGACUCCUCUUUCUCUGCUUUAUCCCAAAUCACUUGCAAUGUCUGUUUUGAUGACUUCUCAAAGGAUGAAUUCAGUGUUAUGAGUUGUGGACACUAUUACUGCAAUAACUGUUGGACUGAACAUUUUAUUGUCAAGAUAAAUAAUGGAGCAAGUAGAAGGAUCAGUUGCAUAACCCCAAAGUGCAAUGCUAUUUGUGAUGAGGCCAUUGUGAGGAAACUAGUUGCUAAAAAAAGCCCUGAUGUUGUUUGUCGGUUUGACCGUUUUCUUCUUGAAUCUUAUGUUGAGGACAAUAAUAAGGUUAAGUGGUGUCCAAGUACACCACAUUGUGGAAAUGCCAUAUGUGUCGAGGAUGACCCGUGUUGUGAAGUGGAGUGUUCUUGUGGACUUACGUUUUGUUUUAACUGCUUAUUGGAAGCUCACUCUCCAUGUUCAUGCAAGAUGUGGGAGCUUUGGAGCCAGAAAUGCAAGGAUGAAUCAGAAAACAUCAAUUGGAUCAUGGUUAACACAAAACCCUGUCCUAAAUGUAGGAAGAAUGUCGUUAAGAAUGGUGGCUGCAACCAUGUAAGGUGCAUCUGUGGCCAAUGUUUCUGUUGGUUAUGCGGCAAUGCUACCGGGACAGCACAUACAUAUGACACAAUUGAUAGCCAUAGCUGUGGACGCUAUGAUGACGCUAAAUCAAAGCAUAUUGAACGUGCAAAGCGCGACCUUUAUCGAUAUACUCAUUAUCAUAAUAGAUACGAAAGUCAUGCCAAAUCUCUCAAAGAAGAAAUCAACCUCUAUGAAACCAUUGAGGGAUUGAUAAAUGAUUCAAAAAGUGAGGAUACUCAUUUCAAAAGUUUCCGAUGGGCACUUGAUGGUUUGAACCAGCUCAAGAGAGCAAGGGAAGUUCUUUCGUAUUCGUAUCCGUUUGCCUUUUACAUGUUCGGACGCGAACUUUUCAUCGAUGAUAUGAGGCCGGAAGAAAGUGCAAUGAAGAAAAAUUUAUUCGAAGAUCAGCAACAACAAUUAGAAUGUCAAGUGGAGAAUUUGUCUAUGCAUUUGGGAAAAUCAUUUGAUCUUCUUUCAGACAAGGAAUUAUUUGAGACUAGUCAACAUGUCACCAACUUGUCUAGCAUUGUCAAUAGACUAUGCAAAGAAAUGUACAAAUGUAUUGAGAAUGAUCUAUUACUUCCCUUUAGAAAAAAUCACCCUAUUGCUACUUAUAUGUCAAAUGCACUUAGGAAGAAAAGGUAAUUUUUUUAAGUUCAUGUGUUAAUAAUAUUGCCAUCAAUUUGCUCUGUUUGUUGGAGUGGAAGAUUAGAAAAUUUUGUUAUUCUUAAACAUUGUAAGUAAGUUUCAUAGUCAAUAAAUUCAAAUUUGUAAAAAUUUUCUUGAGAACA